AAGCGCCCGAAUACAAGCAUUAAAUGUCAGGAAAAAAAGUGAAAAUUAUUCACUUUCUUCGAAUUCUGAACACGAAAUCUACAUAAGGGAGAUUAGUAACAACAAUAUUGAAAAAGAGUCUAUGGACGCAAAUUUAGGUUCUACGAAUUCCUCUAUUGCUCAACAAAUGCCAAACGAAGAAAUUAUUGAAAAUGGAUCUCAAGCACCCCCUUUAGAUGAUAUAUACGAGAUUUCCACUACAUGUCCUUCGUCAAGCUAUUUUCUGAAAUUCUUUGAGAAUUUACCGCCACCAUUAUCACCCACCCUUCCCGAAGUUCCCCUGAGAGCCAAGAAUAUUUCCUAUGAUUCACUGACCGAUGAUAGCGAAGAGAUAGAAGAUUUAACUCUGGAUGCUAUGGAUCUCAGCUGCGAUAACGCAAAUUUGAACUUGGAUAAUGAUAUUUCUGAUGAAAGUCCCCGGUCACCUUGUUCAGUAUUGUCAUCUCCGAUUAAUUCCUGGUCGUUUUUUACGAAAGAAGCAUAUCAAAAAUAUACUAUAGUUACUUUGGAUUUACUCAUGAAAGAAAAUAUUGAGGCUCUUAUAGCGAGAAAGAAAAAACUGGAUACGCAAGAGAAACAUCCGAAAAAAGAAAGAUUGCUUUCGUCCCCGGUUGCAACGCAAUUAAAUAUCUUUGUAGAUAAAAAUGAACCAAAAUCAACUUCAUUUUCAUCAUUACCAGUUGCAGAACAAUCAGACAACCUUGAAUGUCAAAAGCAAUUAAAAUCAUCUUCGCCCGUUGCUAUGCAACCUAAUACCCUCGAAGAUAGAGUUGUGCCAAAAUCGCCUUCGUCCCCGGCUGUAGUACCAUUAGAUACCUUAAAAGAUCUAAAAUCUUCGUCUCCGAUUGCAGUAGAACUAGAUAGCCUUGAAGAUCUAAAUAAUUCAGAAUUAACUUCGCCCCCGGUUGCGGUGCAAAUGGAUACCUUAGAAGAUUUAAAUCAAUCCAAAUCAAUUUCGUCUCCAACUGCAGUACAAAUGGAAAACUCGGAAAAGCGAAAUGUUGAAGAGCAACAAAAUAUUUCUUCUCUGAAUGAAAUUGAAAAUAAUCCCGUAGUAUCUGAAAAAGAUCCUAAUUCUACUGGUGUGUUAAUUGAAACUCAACAACCAACACAAUACCAUAGGAAACAUGAUGACGAUGACGAUGAUUUGAUAAUGGAUGAUCAAAGUGACGACGAAAUUUCACAGAAUUCUACUAGAUCGAUAGCUAAUUUACUUCCAUCUAUACGAAGAUUCCCAGAACAAGAGAAAAAAAUAAAUGAGAAUAAUUCCAAAGAAACUGGCUCCAAGAGUGGUCAAUUGGAUAAUUUGCUUUCGUCUUUACAAAGUUUAUCAGAAAAAGGAACAAUAAAUACGAGUGAUGUCAAAGAAACUGGUUCUAAAAAUUUUCCAGAUCAAGUCCCUAAGAAUGAGCAAAUGGAUAGUUUGCUUCCUUCUAUACAAAAUUUACCAGAAAAAGGAACAAAUGAUUCCAAUCAAACUGGCUCUAAGAGUGAUAAAAUUGAUUUAAAUGUAGAUUUAAUUGGUCCACUCUUAAAACUACUUGAUGAGCGCAAGAAGAAGCUUGAACAUCAAACAGAUCAAGAAAACAAUCAUGACAAUAGCUCUAGUUCAAAUUCAAAUAUUCCAUUAGAUAUAUUGAUCGCAUCAUCCGCAUUAAAUACUUCCCAAGAUGAAUUUGCACUUGGUUCAUCUCAAUCAUCAUCCGAUUCAAUACCUUAUUCUCCUUUAAAAAAGGAAGAACAUAAGGAAUUCCUACAGAUCAGUCUAUUGUUUAGUCAGAGUCCUCAUCUGUUAGAUGAAAGUCAGCUUCGACGUCAUCAACACUUGGGAGAACUUUUCCAUAAGGAGAACCAACUUUAUCUUCAGUGGACAUAUGAUCGGAGCAUAGAAAGAUUAAAAUUCUUAAAUAACGAUAUUAAAAAUCAAAUCGAGAAUCAAAUAUAUGUCGAUAGAUUGCGCGUGCAAAAACAAUAUCCACGCUACUAUCGCGUAUUUUCUUCAAUAGGGAUUUCGUUUAGUGCACCCAUGCCCGGAGACCCUGUUUUAACUUACAGGGAGUUAAUCUAUAGAACUGGAACAUGCUAUGGUUUCUUUAUUCCAGAAAUGAAACUGCCAAUCAGUGUCAAUCUUGACCGAUUCUAUUGGUCGGAUAGUUCCGCAGAAAAUUAUGAGAGGUCAUCUUUAAGUCGUGAGUGGCGAAAAUCAUCGAUGCCUGUCGUUAGCAGUGAUCCCUUAAUUCCUAGAAUGGUAUCUGAACGUGAUGUCGAUGUAGUUAUAUCAUCAAGCGGACUUUGUGCUAUAAUCGCUUUGAGUGCAACUACAGAUCUCGAAUUUGAAAUACCAGUUAUUGUGCAGGAGAGACAAUUAGAAGACGGAACUUUACGAAAAACUAUUUAUAUUGACAAACCACUCGUAAAGCAUCGUCUUAGUCCUCGAGAGUACAAUCAAAAAUUUUAUGAUGUGGCUUUCAAAAGUAUUGUUUCAAAACUCCCAAUCAAAAUCGAGGAUAUCGUGAAAAAGACAACGGGGAACUCGAGCGAUAUGCAAAAAGAUGAAUCAACCUCGAGCAAAAUAUGCAAUAAAGAGAAACCAAGAGAUUCAGAGGUAUCGAAGAUAACUGAAAAUGUAAAAGUCAUAGCGAGUGAUUCUGAAGUAAAUAAAUCAAUUGGACAAGCAAAAAGUGAAGAUAAAGAAGUCAAAGAAAGUAACAUGGAUAAUGCGAGUGACAAUAAUAUGCAAGCAUCUACUACUAUCGAAAGGUCAGAACUAAUGGAGGAAAAUAUUUCUUCGAAGGCUAUUUCUGAUUCUCAAACUGGGAAUAUGCUAAAUGACGCGCAAUUAAAUUCCGGAAACUUGAUGUAUACUUUAUGGAGUUUUGGGGACUUAACAUUAUUGAUAAGAUGUAAAGCGCAUGGAUUUAUUUAUCAUGGAGAAAGACAAAAUCGUAAACCGCAAAUUGUUAGCAUGAAAUCAAAAAUGGAAUAUCAGUCUGAUAUAGGAUUGGAAGAAAUCACAAACUUUGAGCGAGCUCGCUGGUGGAUUCAUUCUUACAUUCGUGGAAAUUCACAUUUGAUGCUUGGUCGAAUUAAUGUAAUUAAUAAUGAACUAAUCGAAGUCGAACAAAGACCAAUGACAAAAAUUAUACCAAAUGCGGAUUGGCCAAUGGCUCACAGUAAAUUGCUUCAAAAUAUUCUGAAACAAUUACAUACAAGCCUACCUAAAGGAACCUUUAUACUUUCUCAUAAGAGAAAAGAUCUUCAUCUUACUUUGCCACAGAUGGAUCUUGAAACUGUGCCUUUUGUUAAAUUACAGUGGACAGGCCCAACAGAACAAGUGGCCUAUACAUUUCCCCCAUUAACCUCAUAUUGCUUCACUUAUGCGAACAAGGGCUAUUGCCCGAACCCAAAGUGCCGAUAUCCCCACGUUCAAAUCGUCAGUGGUGCUGAAGUUGUUUCUAGUGUCUCAAAAAAUAAAAAGCAUAAGAUAUUGCAGGGGGAAAGAGAUAAGCAAAGGAAUAAAUCUCCAAGAAAGAAAAAACGAAAGAUAUCGAAAGAUGACAUCAACGAUGAUCAACAAGAAGAUAUACUUCGAACAGAUUUCGACUCCGAGAUAAUUUCUUCUAGCAUUGUCGAUGCAUCAUCUCGGCCAGGAUUCAAUUCUAUUCUUGAUAAUUAUAGACAAUCGCGCGGAUAA